AUGGAGGGCACCAACAGCACCCGGGUCCGGGCGGGCGGCAACGGCACGGCGCCGGCCGAGCUGGCGCUGAGCUACCAGGUGCUCACGUCGCUGCUGCUGGGCGCCCUGGUGCUGUGCGCCGUGAUCGGCAACGCGUGCGUGAUCGCGGCCAUCGCCCUGGAGCGCUCGCUGCAGACCGUGGCCAACUAUCUCAUCGGCUCGCUGGCCGUGGCCGACCUCAUGGUGUCGGUGCUGGUGCUGCCCAUGGCCGCGCUCUACCAGGUGCUCAAAAAGUGGACCCUGGGGCAGGUCACCUGCGCUAUCUUCAUCUCGCUGGACGUGCUGUGCUGCACCUCCUCCAUCCUGCACCUGUGCGCCAUCGCCCUGGACCGCUACUGGGCCAUCACCGACCCCAUUGACUACGUGAACAAGCGCACCCCGCGGCGGGCGGCGGCGCUCAUCAGCCUCACCUGGCUCAUCGGCUUCCUCAUCUCCAUCCCGCCCAUGCUGGGCUGGCGCACGCCCGCGGACCGCUCCCACCCCCACCCCUCCCCCCCGCCCCUGCCCCUGCCCCUGCCCGGCGAUGCCGGCGGCGCCCCCGGCGAGAGGAAGAACGAGAAGAGCGCCGAGGCCAAGCGCAAGAUGGCCCUGGCCCGGGAGAGGAAGACCGUCAAGACCCUGGGCAUCAUCAUGGGCACCUUCAUCCUCUGCUGGCUGCCCUUCUUCAUCGUGGCCCUGGUGCUGCCCUUCUGCGACGCCGGUUGCUACAUGCCCGACUGGCUGGGCGCCGUCAUCAACUGGCUCGGCUACUCCAACUCUCUGCUCAACCCCAUCAUCUACGCCUACUUCAACAAGGACUUCCAAAGUGCUUUCAAGAAGAUCGUCAAGUGCAAGUUUUGCAGGCAAUGA